AUGGGUUGCAACACCACUGGCCUAGACAUUUUCACGUUAUCUGAAUUCAAUGUGACGACUUUGCCCCUAAACUCCAAGUUUGAACCUUUCCCAACUCCACUCAGGAUAUUACUGGCAAUAAUAAUGAUAGUGAUGAUUGCUAUUGCUUUUUUAGGCAAUGCCAUUGUAUGCCUUAUUGUUUAUCAGAAGCCAGCCAUGCGAUCAGCCAUCAAUCUUCUCCUGGCAACACUGGCAUUCUCUGACAUUAUGUUAUCACUCUUCUGCAUGCCAUUCACUGCAGUCACAAUUAUUACUGGAAGCUGGUACUUUGGGACGCAGUUUUGCCAGAUCUCAGCCAUGCUGUACUGGUUUUUUGUGCUGGAAGGUGUUGCCAUUCUACUAAUCAUUAGCGUUGAUCGAUUUCUAAUUAUUGUGCAGCGGCAGGAUAAGUUGAACCCACACAAAGCCAAGAUAAUGAUUGCCACUUCUUGGGUAUUGUCAUUCUGCAUCUCCUUUCCUUCGGUGGUUGGAUGGACUUCGGUGGAGGUGCCCACCCGAGCUCCACAGUGUGUACUGGGAUAUACUGAGUUUUCAGCUGAUAGAGCAUAUGCAGUCAUGCUGGUUGUAGCUGUGUUCUUCAUUCCUUUCAGUGUAAUGCUAUACUCUUAUCUGUGCAUUCUGAACACAGUGAGAAGGAACUCUGUUAGGAUUCAUAACCAUGCAGACAGUCUAUGCCUAAGCCAAGUAAGCAAGUUAGGGUUGGUGGGGCUUCAAAAGCCUCAUCAAAUGAACGUGGACAUGAGUUUCAAAACGAGAGCCUUCACCACCAUUUUGAUUCUUUUUAUUGGAUUUUCCCUGUGUUGGCUUCCUCACUCUGUGUUCAGCCUACUCUCAGUGUUCAGCAGAACAUUUUAUUACAGCUCCUCAUUCUACAUCAUCAGCACAUGCAUCUUGUGGCUUACUUACCUCAAGUCUGUUUUCAACCCAGUCAUCUAUUGCUGGAGAAUCAGGAAGUUCCGUGAAGCAUGCAUGGAGUUCAUACCUAAAACUUUCAAGAUCCUUCCUAAAGUUCCAGGAAGGGCUAAGAGAAGGAUAAGGCCCAGCACUAUCUAUGUUUGUAGUGAACACCAAUCAGAGGUUUAGGAAAAAACAUAUCGGGUAUAUUUGUUUCGAGCAUAGAAUCAUUUAUGUUUUCCACAGGGCAAUGAUAACAGAUGGCCAGGUCCAACCACUUUCAAUAAGGUCACUUCUGCCCUGUUCGCCCCUGUGCUCAAUGAGAGGAGCAGUGGCAAGUAAGCACAUUGCCCAAUAUGGGUGAGGUGUAGAGGAAGGUGGGAGAAACGUCUUUGUUUACAUCAAAUUGAUUGCAAGCUACUUAGCAUAGACAUUGCAACAGAGCUUGCAAAUUGUUAUGCUAAACGUUGUGCAAUAUGUUAGAUUAUAAUGUACUUGACACAGUGAACCUAAGCAGUUCUACAGUAUGCAGAACUGGGACAUCCAACUGAAGCUUGGCCUGAGUCCCAUCACCAUAAAACACAGUACUGAAAUUAAUAUUCUUUUCAACAUUUCUUUCUGAGUUAACUAUAUGUGUCUUUAUUCACACUCUUUUCACCAUUGAUUCUGUCACAUUGUGUUUCUUUUUCUAUUGAUUGACACAGCAUAUUUUAAGUGCUGUCUGUAUUACCUUUAUUGAAUAAAAAUAUCUCCUGCCUCUUGUCAUGACUAA